CGCACAUACGGUGCCUACCGUGCCAGCAAGCUAUUGACCUCGUCCAUACCGUUUCCAUCACGAAAAGCCCGGGCUUCUGACUGGGUAUAUAACCACGUCAGCUUGCUUCAAGUUGACGGGCACACGUCUCCACGUUCUUUAACCUCACUUGCCCUCCCUCUUGGGUUCUACGCACUCGGGUCUCUAGGCUCUCGUCCCUCUCGUUGCAAAAGCCACUGUGACUAUUGUCUGGUAAGAGAGUAGCUUGGCAGUGAACGAUGCGUCUGUUGCGCCCGUUCGUGCUUGGUCUGUCGUUGUUGUCUUCGUAUGUUGCAGCGCAGGAGGUAGAUGCGGAUGCGCUGAACGACUCGAAACAGGGGUAUCAGAGUGAUGUCGCGCGCCUGCGGAAGAUCGUGAUCAACAGCCUUUACUCACACCGAGAAGUCUUCCUUCGUGAACUCAUCUCAAACGCGAACGAUGCUAUCGAGAAGCUCCGGUUGACCGCGCUCACGAACAAAGAGGUCUGGGACGGAGUUAGCCCUCUUAAUAUCACAAUUAAGGCGCUCAAGGACGAAGAGGGGACCGGCGGAAGGAUUAUCAUCUCUGACACUGGUAUUGGUAUGACGCCGGACGAGUUACGAAACAAUCUUGGUACACUCGCGAAAUCCGGUACGACCGAAUUCUUGCAAAAGGCGGAGGACAGCACGGAUACGAGUGGUAGCGGUAACCUCAUCGGCGCAUUCGGUCUCGGUUUCUACAGCAGCUUCCUCGUCGCAGACAAAGUCCUCGUCGCCUCCGUCCCUCCACCUUCGGCGUCCAACCCGAACCCAAAACAAUACGUCUUCGCAUCUUCAGCAGACGAGAACGAGUUCGCGGUGUAUCCUGAUCCGAGAGGCAAGACUCUUGAUCGGGGAACGGAGAUCACGCUGAUUUUGAAGGAGGAUGCGACUGAGUACCUUGAGAAUCUCGCUCUCAUCCAGCUGGUUAACAAGCACUCGUCGUUCGCUUCGAACUUCCCUAUCUAUAUCUACCACACGGAGGAGAAGGAAGUUCCCGUUGAAGAUGAAGAGGAAGUCGUCCCUCCUGCCGAAUCUACCCCCGCCGCCACCGAUGACGACGAGAAACCCGCAACGGAGACCGACGAGGAUGAGGCUGUCGUCGAGGAAGAAAAGGAGGAGGACGAAGCCGAGGUUGCUGAGGAGAAAGAGAAGAAGAUGAAGACCGUCACUGUUGAGGAAUGGCGCCACAUCAACGCUGCACCUCCCCUGUGGACUAGGGAUCCCAAGGACAACAUCACGAGCAUCGAAUACGAACUGUUCUACCAAGCCACCUGGCGCGAUUUCGGCGCUAAGCCGCUUGCGUACCAGCAUUUCACGGGCGAUUCGGGGAGCGGAGUGUCUUUCAAGUCUAUCAUCUAUGUCCCUGGCAAGCUGGAGGACUCGUUCUGGACGCAGCCACUUCAGGCAGUCUCGAGAGAUAUCCGUUUGAUGGUGAAGCGUGUCUUUAUUACCUCGGACCUUGGUGAGGAAGGCAUGCCGAAGUGGGCUAGUUGGGUUCGUGCCAUCGUUGACGCUGAGGACCUCCCCCUGAAUGUCUCCCGCGAAACCCUGCAGAACAACAAGUUCAUGAAACAGAUCAAGAAUAUCAUCGUCAAGCGCAUCAUCGGGCUCUUCACGAAGAUAUCGGAGGAGGAGCCGGCGAAGUGGGCGGAAGUGCAGAAGGUGUAUGGGAAUGUGCUCAAAAUGGGUGCUGUGGAGGAUACGAAGAAUAGGGAUAAGUUGGCGCCGUUGUGUAGGUUUACGACGAACUUCAGGAAUGAUACGUCUUUGGAUCAGUACUUGGAGAACAAGAAGGAGGGCCAGAAGCAGAUCUUCUACGUUGCCGAUAUGGGCAAGACCGCCGAUGGUCUGAUGAACAGUGUCUUCAUUGAGAAGCUCCACGCCCGUGGCUACGAGGUCUUCCUCCUGACCGACCCACUGGAUGAGAUUCUCUUCCAGAACCUCAGGAAAUGGAAGGGCGUUCCAUUCCAGGAUGUUGCUAAGGCUGGUCUCAAGUUCGGUGACGAAGAGGAGACUGAGGCCGAGGAGAAGGCUCGCUUGGAGAUUCAAAAGCACAAGUUCAAGCCUCUCUUGGACUACUUGAAGGCUCAGGUCAAGGACGUUGUCCGUUCCGUCGUCAUCUCCGACAGACUCGUAACAAGCCCCUGCGCCAUCGUCGCCGACGCCAGCGGUUUCACCGCCAACGUCCAACGCAUGAUGAGCGCGUCCAACAACCGCCAGACUCAGAACCCGAUGUACGAAAACGCGAAGAGGCAGAAGGUGCUCGAGAUCAACCCAAAGUCGCCUUUGAUCGAGGGUUUGCUGCGUCGUGUGGAACAGCUCCCUGAGGAAGACGAGGAGAGGGAUAUCGAGGCGGAGGAUGAGCUGAAGGAGGUUACUUCGAUUCUUAUUGAUGGUGCGCUCGUGCGUUCUGGGUUCGAGGUGGCCGAUUCGGACGAAUUCAUGAUUCGCGUCGACCGUGUCCUCCGACGAUCGCUCGGUGUCUCUGAGACAGCACCGACAGAUAAGACCGUCAAGCCUGCGCCGCCCAUCGACCCAGAGCUGAAGGACGAGAGCUUCUACGAGCCUGCGAUCGAUUUCUCGGACCCGGUGUUUGAUUCGCCUGGGAUUGUGCUGCCUGACCAUUUGAAGGAUCAGGUGUCGAUUGAGAUGGAGGAGAUUGACGAGGAGGGGAAUGUCGUGGAGCCGAAAAAGGCGCACGAUGAGCUGUAAGGUGUUGCCAGCACAGGGUGACAGGGGGAAGGGUGGAUGAGUGCUUGUAUUUAUUCUUAGGGUCUUAUAUGAAUCGUCAAUGUAUCUGGAAUUGAGGUCUGGAC